CGUCGCAUACGCUAAGUAGCUAUGUGCAGUCCAGCCUUUCAUCUAGCUGCUCACUCACAUCUCCUACUCCUCCAUUGCCCCUCUAUAUAUACCAAUCACGGCGCACAGCAGCGCUGUACAUUUACUCGAUCAGUCUCCAUAUCGCAGGCCGCCAAGUGCAGGAAAUGGAGAGCGCAAAGGCGCCGACCGGCGAGGUGAACCUUGACCUGCGGCUCGUUCACCCACUGGCGGCGGCAAGGCGCCCGCACCCGCAUACGCCGAGGGUCGCCGACCGGACCUUCUCGUGCACCUACUGCCGGCGCAAGUUCUACAGCUCGCAGGCGCUGGGCGGCCACCAGAACGCGCACAAGCUCGAGCGCAGCCUCGCCAAGCGCAGCCGCGAGCUCUCUGCCGCCGGCCCGGGGGCGCUCGCCUCCUCCAGCGCCGCGUCUACUCCGCCGCCGUCCGACUUGAUCAGCUGGUACACGCCAGGAGGCGGGGAUAGUGGGCAAGCUGCAGGGUCGGCCGCCGCAGCCGCGGCCGUCGUCAGCUGGAUCGCCGACGGCGGGCGCCGCCGCUACGUGCGUCGCGUGCACGCGGCCAGCAACGGGGAGGACGACAUCGAUCUGUCGCUCAAGCUGUAAGGGCUGUUGAUGUGAUCUGUAAAUGAGCGAAAAGAAGGGCAUACGAGAUCUAUCUGUCAAGCACACAAGUUGGGCAGUCCGACUCAACUUACAUAUCCCAUCCAGGAGGUCUAAGUCAUGCAGCAGCUGAGAUCGAUGUGCUACUUCACACAUUUGAUUAUUGGCACUGGAUUUACUGUCGUGCCUAAAUCGCAGACCUAGUAUUGGACGUCUUGUACUCCCUUUCUAAAUGUAAGACUCUUCGAUUUCAAUAUGGACUACGUAAAGUUGUAUA